AAAACCAACCCCCCAAAAUAAUCAAAUCAAUACCCCUUUCGCAUUCUUCUUUGUCAUCUUCCUCAAUCAUCGCAACUUUUUUCAUGCAAUUCUGAGAAUUUCCCAGAUUUUCAGAUCCCCUUUAUUCUUUGUUUGGAAGAAUUAAUUGAAAAGUAAAUAAAAAGAAGGGGAAAUCGGGAGGGAGAGAUGAGUUUCCAAGAUCUCGAAGCGGGUCGUCGGCCGCUGGCUUCGAGACGGGAUUUAAUAAAUGCCAAACAAGACCCAACUCAGGCCGUCGCCUCUGGAAUUUUCCAGAUUAACACCGCUGUUUCUUCCUUUCAACGCCUUGUUAAUACGCUUGGCACCCCUAAAGAUACCCUUCAGCUCCGUGAAAAACUCCACAAGACAAGGUUACAUAUUGGGCAAUUGGUAAAGGAUACUUCAGAUAAACUCAAGCAAGCAAGUGAGACAGAUCAUAGCAACAAUGUCAGUGCAAACAAGAAGAUUGCUGACGCGAAACUUGCAAAAGAUUUCCAAGCAGUUUUGAAGGAAUUCCAGAAGGCUCAGCGUCUUGCGGCAGAACGGGAAACAGCAUAUACCCCUUUUAUUCCUCAGGCUGUCCUUCCUUCUAGUUACACAGCUAGUGAGAUUGAUGUGAGUUCAGAUAAGACGCCAGAGCAGCGAGCUCUUCUUGUGGAAGCUAGAAGACAAGACGUGAUACUGUUGGACAACGAGAUAACUUUUAACGAGGCUGUAAUUGAGGAAAGAGAGCAGGGAAUUCAGGAAAUCCAGCAUCAAAUUGGUGAGGUAAAUGAGAUCUUCAAAGAUCUUGCUGUGCUGGUCCAUGAUCAAGGAGCUAUGAUUGAUGAUAUUGGAACCAAUGUUGAGAAUGCUCAAGCAGCAACUGUACAGGCAAAAUCCCACCUGGCACAGGCAUCAAAGACUCAGCGUUCAAAUUCAUCACUUACCUGCUUGCUCUUGGUGAUAUUUGCAAUCGUUCUACUGAUUGUUCUUAUAAUCAUUGCAGCAUAAGGAAAAGGGUGUCUACCUUUUCCUCUCUGCGUGAGCUGAAAAGGGUCUAGCUCCGCAAAGUAUCCAUUCUUCCUUUCUCUUCUUCUACAUGUUACCAUAUGUGUUUGGUUGUUGGAGGCAGGGAAACAAGAAAGGCCGCGAGAUUAUGUUAUGCUAUCAAAUUCAGGCUUAGGUGAUUGUUGCGUCAGUUUCAGGUUGCUUGGCGUAUAAACAGGAUGCGGGGAAGAUGGUGAGCUGUGAGCUGUGAGCUGUUUCUAGUUGAAUGAUUGCUUUGGUUGUCUCUGUUUUCUGUAAGUUGUGACUUACUGUCCAACUUUUGUUUAAUGAUCUUUUUUCAGUUCAAUUCAUUUUUUUUUUAUUUUCAGUCGAAAUUGCUUGUUAAAAUUCAUGGAUCUUUAAUUUUUUGGGACUGUUUUGUGCACUUGUCCCCCCACGCCGCCCCCCUGUUUACGUUAUCAUUUGAAGUGAGAAAAUCAGCUUCCACAUCUGAA